AUGGCUGCGCUGCCCCGCCGCCCUCGCCUCGCCCCGCCCCGGCCCCGGCCGCCCUCGCCCCGCCCCGCUCCCGACCACGCUGCCCCCGGCCUAGGCGGCGCUCGCUCAGCCCUGCCUCGCUCCGGCCGUGCUCGCGCCGCUCGGCCGUGCUCGCGUCGGCACGGCGGCGCUCCCCGGCCUCGCCCGGCCAGUGCUUCGGCCGUGCUCGCUCGACCCCGCUCCGGCCGUGCUCGUGCCGCCUCGCUCCUGGAUGUGCUCGCGCCGCCGGUCCCCGGCCGUGCUCGCGCCGCCUCGCUACCGGCCGCACCGCCCCGUCCCGGCAGCAGCUCGUCGGAAUUUAGCCGGAUUCCGGCGAGGCAAAUCGCGAAAGCUGUAAAAAUUCGAGACGCGGGGCUGAUUUACAGGGUCUGCUAG